GGAGAGAGGGAGGGGGCGGGGGAGAGAGAGAGGGGAGAGAGAGAGAGAGCUGCGUGGUUUGUCAGCUGUCUGUGUUCUGAGGGGAGCCAGGAUGGAGCGGAUGGAGUCGAUGGAGCCGAUCUCGGCGCACUACACCACGGCUUACCCUGAGAUCCAUCCCGAUAGCGGCUACGAAUCCAGAGAGGCGGCCGACAGCCAGGCAAAGACCCCCCCCGCUCCGACAUAUGACGAGGAAUUAGUGCACAAGACAAUCCUGGUCGGGGACAGUGGAGUGGGAAAGACGUCGCUGUUGGUGCAGUUUGAUCAGGGAAAGUUCAUCCCCGGCUCCUUUUCUGCAACAGUGGGCAUUGGAUUCACGAAUAAAGUGGUGACUGUUGACGAUGUAAAGGUCAAACUACAGAUUUGGGACACAGCAGGACAGGAGCGGUUCAGAAGUGUGACACAUGCAUAUUACAGAGAUGCACACGCUUUGCUCCUCCUGUACGACAUCACCAGCAAAACCUCCUUUGACAACAUAAGGGCAUGGUUGACAGAGAUCCAUGAGUAUGCACAGAGCGAUGUAGUCAUCAUGUUGCUGGGCAACAAGGCUGACAUGAGCAGCGACAGAGCCAUCCGGAGAGAGGAAGGAGAGCGCCUUGCCAGAGAGCAUUCAGUUCCCUUCAUGGAGACAAGUGCCAAGACAGGAGUCAACGUAGAGCUGGCCUUCACUGCUGUGUCCAAGGAACUGAAGCACCGGGCCAUCCAACAUCCCAGUCAACCCAAGUUCCACAUUCAUGAAUACAUUGAAGCACAGAAGGAGAAAUCCGGCUGCUGCAGCAGCUACUUCUGAGUCUGUGUGGGAGGAAGCCCGAUAAACUACCGCUGCUCCCAAAAUACACCAUGACGCUGCCAUUCACUCCGGACUGAAAGCCAGAGGGAGAAACCGAGCUUUAGCCUCACAGAACCACGGUUCCUCUGACUGUGGACAGUUUACACAGCACCUGAACAUUUGUUAUAGAAAUGCCAACAAAUAGUAUAAAAAGUAUUUGAAUUUGAUUAAAUAACCUUAUGCUAUUUGCUUUUUUUGUGAAAGAUCAUAACCACCCUUGUGUAUGUGUGUUAGGUACAAACCAAACAGCUUGGCUGGUUCGGUCCGAAGUCUGAAAAUACUCCUCACCCCCCAGAACUCUUAAAUGCCAAUAACCACUAACGAUGGGCUGACCAAUCAUUAGUGGGAGUUACAUGCUCUGACAAUUAUUAUAGCUUAUAGCUUAGCAUGCUCAGCUAGUCUAACUACAUCUCGCUCACUCACACUGAUUUGUUUUUGCCUUUUAUAGAUGUCAGACUAAAACUAGUAUUUCUACCUGCUGAUUUACCAAUAAAUCAAUGCUGAUGUAAAACAAGAACGUUACAGACCCCAGUUAGCAUAAGAGGAAGAAAGUGAAAACAACAUCCAUCCAUACACCACUGGCAUACGCCAGCAGAGCACACAGUCUUAAGGCACACUUAGUUUAAGUCCCACAUUGUUCCACCUGAAGUGUCAUGCAGUCUACCAGGGGAUCCAGACAUGGACCAAACACUGUGCCAUGGAUGCAAUCCAAAGCCAAGUCCAUGAAGAAAAGCCCGGUCUGUUUAUGACACAGUCAGGCUGGGACAUUCUUGACAAACUGUUGUGGAGACGCGACAGUCGGCUGCCGGGACUCAAGAAAACGUUUUGGUCACCUGAAAUGUGUCUCUGGAGGAGUCCUGCAUGAUCCACCAUGAUCUGGGGCCAGAGGUCCGAUGUGGUCCUUCAUGUAGGAAACAUCUCUGUACAUAAUGGAUUUGUGAGAGUGAGCAGAUUUUUGAAAAAGGUUUUUGACAUGUUGGCUGCAUUAUUUCCCUCCCAGUAUAUAAAAUGUAUUUUGCUUUAAUGCCUAGAUUAUGGACUUUGAAGCUUUGUUGCAUGUUUGCUGGACUGCACGUCCCAACUCUUUGGCAGUACCUCCAGAACAUAUUAAACUGUUAAUAUUUGUAAGAAGACCAACAUAGUACAAACCAAUAAUUAGAAUUUCUCUUCAGAUUUAAACUCAACUCUCAGGGUACAUUUUAAUUUUUUUUUAAAUACAACAGUUGGCAACGCAUUAAAGCUCCAUUAAUGGAUUAAAUGUUUUUCCACUUGGAGGCAGCAGAACAAGCUGUAAACACAACGUAUCAUCGCCUCCCUAAACUGCACAUUUCCCCAUCCAGCAUACAUAUUUACAUUAGCAUUCAUUUCGAGUCCAGUUUCCUACCACCCAAUACAUGUAAGUCUCCUCUCCUUUAACUCUGUUUGGGUCUCCACCAAUUCCUGAGAAAAAUCUCUUUAGCUGCUAAAUGCUUUGUUUAGCAGCUAGUUACUAACUUAGCCUGUCGGGCCCUGAUGGUGGUCUUAGCAGAAAUUUCAGUUUCACACCAUUCAACUGAAACACUACUUAACGGAUGCUCAUGAGCUGGGGGGGGGGGGGGGGGGGGCUGCAGAGUUGGGUGGUAGUUCUCACUGGGUUUGACCCUCGAGCCAUAACUUUUAUAUAAGACAUGGUCAUUUGACCUAUAUAUUUACUGUAUUAGGGCAGCUUUGAGAAACUCCUGAUGUCAGAACAACAGUCACUUCCUGUACGGAUGCUCAGGGUCUGACACGGCAUCAUGGGAAAUGAUUUCCUUUAGACCUUCUACUCGUUGAACAGUUGGUUGUUGUCCGAGCACGCUGCCAAAAGAUGUUUUUGCUGUGUUGUAUGCUGCAUAAGAAAUAAAUUAUUUUUA